AUGCAGUCGACGUCACCAAUCCAUCACAGAUCAUCUCGUUAUGUUCCCCUUCGGACCACUCCACAUGCAUCGGGUAGUCUGUCAACAGAAGAGAUUUUUCUGUUAGCGUCAAUGUGUGCUUUCGCUGCAUUCAACAUCCAUGACGCUGAAAAUUCGAAUUUCUUCGACAUUCUAACCAUAGUGCCCGGUGCUGUUUUUACCUUCAAGUGUAUGGUCAUGAAUGGAGAUCGAAGUUUUGUUGCGAUGUGUCUUGUUACGGGCUAUUGGUUGUUCUUUACACUCGCGAUAUUUAAUGGCUAUAUGUAUGAAAAAGAAGAAAGCUAUCUCAGUAUUCGUCUUAUGCUGCUCGGAGCUCUUGGCGCCAAAGCAUAUCAGAAAGUAUGGAAUAAAAAAUCAAGUAUAGAAAAGGUGGACACAGGGAUAGCCAGCCCGGCUAGCGUCAUUACCUCCAGUGUCAGAAGUCCCAAAAGCGAGUUCUACUUCGGAGCUGCUCGACAACCAGAGUAUUCACUCCAACAACAAAUUGAGACGGCCGACCUAGAAAGUCCAGUGGACAGAAAAAUUAUCAACAAUAUGAAUUCAUCAAAAAAUAUUACUCCAAAGAAAACAAAGGACAGUAUAUUCGAUUUUAAGAAGAAUAGUACAAUAAUAUCUGAAUCUGAGUUACUGCUGACUUCGAAGGAGCUUUCGACCACGACUGCGUCUUUAUCUGAGUCUGUGACUCCAUCUACCCACACAAAUUCAACCUCCUUCUAUACCAAAAGUAUGAGCGCCACCCAAAAUAGAACGGUAACCACAACUUUGACAGAUAUAGCUGGAAAGCUGCGCACAGGAGUUCCCGCAUGUAGUGAGAAGCUAACGUCUAGAAGAAAACUGUAUACAGCAACUCGGCCCACCGAUCGCACUCGGAGAACCACAGAAAGGUUGCAGACAGCAAAAAAGGUCGAACAGAAGAGAAACAAUCAUGUAGUUGUCUCUUAUGGGGAUAUAAUAACCAACCCAAUGAAUACGCUAAAAUUUCCCAAAAAAGAAAGUACACGAAAGCUUACCGUUACAAAUAUCACGGAGAGUACAAUCAUGUGGGCUCUAAAGGCAAGCUCAGCGCAUAGCUUCAAUGCCAUACCAGCCCAUGGCAUCCUACAUCCAGGAACACAGCAGGAGACUAUCGUUUCUUUAGAUCCGCAGCUUAACCUCUCUCAAACCGGGCGCAGUACCAAGGUUGCCAUUGAUUAUGCAUUCGUAAAAUCUAACGUAAGAUGUUUUGAGAAAAACCUAUUCAACACUUGCGCAAAGAGAAGGCAUAUUCUGCAAGCUGUUCUAUCCUCCUAG